AGCUGAUUAUCUCAUGUUACGCGUUAUUAUGGAUAAUAUGGACGACAUGAGCUUCAUCUUAAGACUAGUGCUGCAAGAGAGCUUCGAGGGUCAAGCGCAAACGCCAUUCAAGUAUAAUCUGAAUAAGUGGAAGCACUGCGUAGGAUGGAUCUCUUUGUACAUGCCCUACGCUUUAGGGGUGGAAUAUGUGUCCAAAUUCCUUCCUAAGCGGAAACUAAAAAAGAUUGGUAAAAUCGUUCGCACCUUUAUAAACGAAGCAGCUGACUAUACGAUGAGCCAAGAAUGGAUUGAAGAAGACGCACGAUUACUAUUAAGCCAUCAGAUACGCAACAUGACAAGCAACUUAAAUUCUCAUGUAGAAAGCCUUGCUAAUGAAACGGCAGCAAAUCACAAGUACUCGGAGUUUUCUAUGGAAUUGGUGCCUGGGGAUCCAGUGCCGGGGAUUUGGUCAGGUUGAGGAACAAACUCGAUGCGAUACAGAGGAGCUGGUGCUUAAUGAUUACAAGAUGUUUCCGUACUGUCUCAACUGAGGUGCUCUGCGUUCUAGCCGGCACGCCGCCUCUUUCAAUUUUAUAUAAAUUAUAUUUUGAAAAAUUUUUGUUCAGAACUGGUAGACUUGAUUUUAAAUUGUAUAAAGAUAUUUUGAUUACAAGGCAUAUGUUUGAAAGAAUUAAUAAUAUUUUGGUACAUCCUUCUGAUUUAUGUGUUUUUGAAUUUGAUUGUAAACUCC